AUGGAGACCUUUGAUCUCCUCAUCAUCGGCGCCGGGACAGGCUGGAGCGGCCUUGCGGCGCUUAAGACCUAUCGCCAGAUCCACCCCUCUGCGUCAGUAUGUCUCCUCGAGUCCGCGUCCUCGGUCGGCGGCGUCUGGGCCAAGCACCGGCUUUGGGACGGCCUGAAGAGCAAUAAUAUGCGUGGGACUUACGAGUACUCUGAUUUCCCGAUGGACGACUCGUACGGCGUCAAGAACGGAGAGCAUAUCCCGGGUUAUGUGCUGCAGCGGUAUCUGCAGAACUACGCCGAACAUUUCGGCGUCAUGGACAGUGUGCGGUUGAACUGUCGGGUCAGCGUUGUUGAUCACAAUGAAGAGUCCGCGGGUGAGAGCGAGAGCGACGGCGACGGUGAUGUAAAGUGGACGGUCACCUACGUCGAUUCGUCAGGCGAGCAGGAAGGACGGCAAGAAACGACUGUGACGGUGCAGGCGCGCAGGCUGAUCCUCGCGACCGGCGUCACCUCGCAGCCGUACUUGCCCCCGAUCCGCGGACAGGAAGCGUUUGCACGCCCGCUUUUCCACACGGUCGAGAUGCCUAAAUACCUCGAGUCCACGCUCCAGAAGCCCGAGAACCGCAUCGCCGUGCUCGGCGGCACCAAGUCCGCCUGGGACGCCGUCUACGCGGCCGCUACAGCCGGCGCCCAGGUCGACUGGAUCAUCCGCGACAACGGACAUGGGCCCUGCUGGAUGGCGCCGCCGUACGUGACCCCGCUGAAGAAGUGGCUGGAGAAGCUCGUCACCACGCGGCUUCUGACUUUCUUCAGCCCGUGCAUCUGGGCCGAAACGGGGGCGGAAGACGCGAUGGGCAACAGAGCCCGCGCGUUCCUGCACGGGACGUGGCUCGGCCGCAAGAUCACCGAUUCCUUCUGGAAAGUCCUCGGCGACGAUGUGGUUGCGCUGAACAAGUUCGACUCCCAUCCGGAACUCAAGAAGCUGCAGCCGUGGAUCGCGCCGUUCUGGGUGGCCUCGGGUCUCUCCAUCCUUAACUAUCCCACCAACUUCUUCGAUCUGGUGACCGAGGGCAAAGUGCGCGUUCACGUCGACCACAUCACACACCUGUCCGAGGGGACGGUCCAUCUGGCCAAGUCGCCCGCCCUGGAGAAUGUCGCUGCGCUGGUCGUCGCAUCCGGCUGGGCCCCGACCCCAGAUAUCACCUUCAGUCCGCCUACCCUCGCCUCCCGGCUCGGGUUUCCCAAUGCCGCCGACCCCCUGCCUUCGUCCCUGGUCGAAGCCGCCGACGCCGAGAUCCUGCGCCGGUUCCCACGAUUGACGGACCGGCCAACCCACAACAGCCCUGAAAAGUACGAGCCCCUCGCUCCAGACGCGCAGACGGAGAGCCAGAGUCUGCACCCCUACCGACUAACGCGGUUCCUCAUCCCGGCGUCGGAUCUCGCGCAGGAGCGCAGCGUAGCAUUUAUGGGUGUUGCCAUGACGAUCAACACGCCGCUCCUCGCCCAGACGCAAGCAUUGUGGAUCAGUAGCUUCUUCUCGGGCAAGAUUCAACUCGAUCGGAUCGCAACAGAGAAAUGCCCUCAAGAACUCAUUGCACUGCUUGAGAAGACGGCCACUCCAUCUGCUACUACGCCUACUACCGAAACCGACAGCAAGACACCCGCUGCCACCACCACUGAACCUUCCGUUGAAUCCGAAGGGAAAGACAACGGCUACUACAACACCCUCUACGAGACAGCCCUGCACACGCAGUUCGGUGUCCACCGGUACCCCGGUGGCCUGGGCCGUCGUAACCCAGAUUUUGUCUUCGAUGCCAUCCCGUACGUGGAUAUGCUGCUGAGAGAUCUGGGCCUGAGUGGGCAGCGUAAAGCAGGCGGAUUCCUCGAUAGGUGGUUGCAGCCGUAUGGGGUGGAAGAUUAUGUAGGCAUCGUGGGGGAGUGGCUUGGCCUGAUUACUCACUUGUCAGCUGCGCUUCUUGAACUCGCGAUGGGGAUGAUAUAUAUGAUGAUACUAGAAGCCCUGCGGUCACCAUAUCGCUACAGGUGCUCCCUGAGAGUCUGCCCGUGUAGCGAGGAGAGCCAUGCUAGCGGCACAAAACAGACAACCUCUACAACACCGACAGUCAUGUCCACGAUAUUGGCUGUUGUUGAUCAAAAUCGCCGUGGUGCCAUUCUAUCAAGGGCUGCUUGGCAUUGCACUCUGAGGGAUGAUUGUAUACAAAUCCCGACAACGCCGUCUCUUGCACUCGAUCUAGUGCUCAUGCGUGAUCGAUGCACCGGUAGAGACACCAAUAUGCACGGCGAUGACUGCUCCCUAUCGAUGCCGCCCCUACUCUCCAUCCAGCACGAGAAGGACGUGGCCAUCGCGAACGGCCAGGCGAUGCAGUGGCUAUACGAAGUACGGUAG